UCUUCGGCUGCUAAAGAAAGUGUCCCACUUCCGAUCUCUUCCCUGUGUAUUUAAGCUCGCUCUAGGAAGCUUACCCUCUCGCUGCCUGUUGGUUGAUGUGUGAUUGCUAGUAAUCUGCUUGGGUCUGCCUUUCGGUACUUGUAAGUAUGUCUGGAAACAAGGAGCGCACAUUCAUUGCAGUCAAGCCUGAUGGUGUUCAGAGAGGACUUGUAGGCGAGAUUAUAACCCGUUUCGAGCGAAAAGGUUUUAAACUUGUUGGAAUGAAGCAUUUGCACGCACCUGAAACCCUGCUGAAACAGCAUUACAUUGAUCUGAAAGACAAACCGUUCUACCCAGGACUGGUAAAGUACAUGAGCUCUGGACCUGUUGUGGCAAUGGUCUGGGAAGGUCUGGGCAUUGUUAAAACUGGCAGAGUGAUGCUUGGUGAGACCAAUCCUGCAGAUUCCAAGCCUGGUACCAUUCGUGGAGACUUCUGUAUACAGGUUGGCAGAAACAUCAUUCAUGGAAGUGACUCUGUAGAGAGUGCACAGAAAGAGAUAAACCUCUGGUUUAAACCUGAAGAAUUGGUAUGCUACGAAAGUUGCCAAAAGAACUGGGUCUACGAGUGACUUCAGCCAUUCCUAUGAACUAUUUCGGAGCAGCAUAUUUUAAGCAAAGUAAACUUUUUACCUCCUGCCAAUAAACCAGUGGAACCUGA